AUGGAAUAAGAGGUAGGAUAAGUUUGUUUAGUUGAAGUACCAAUAGAAAAGGCAUUUCUUUUUUAGGAUUAAAUAAUUAUAGAGAAAAAUUUAACAACAUUAAGAGAAGGAUUAUCAUAUAGAUUAUCUUAAAGUUUCAUAAAUCCUUAAUAAAAAUUAUUUAUUGUUUGUCCCCCUACUUAUGCUCUUAAAGAAUUGGAUAUCAAAAAAAAUAAUAAUACAUUAUUUGAUGGAAAAGGUUAUAUAAAAGCAGUUCCAAAAGAUGACUAUCCUUUUUUGAUAGGAUAAUAAUCAGGAAUGAGAAGUGCUAUAAUUUAAUGGAAAGGAAAAAAAUAUAGAUUAAAGGGUUGUGGUAAUGGAAAUGAUGGUUUUACAUUAAGAAAAUUUGAAGGAGACUUUGAUAAUGCAUUUGAAAUAAGAGGAUGUUGUUUUGAUCAUACUGUUAAAAGAGAACUUUUUAUGAAUAGAAAGGUUGAAUAAAUAUUAAAAAAAUACAAUAUAGAAACAGGCAAUAUAAGUAUUGGAUAUUGGUAAUAUGGAGAUAUUGAAUCUAUCAAUUAAAAUUUAGAAAAGAACUUAUAAAAUUAAAUUUCUUUAAUUCCAAAAUAUUGUGGAAUUUAUGAAACAAUUGGAGAUUUAAGAUUAGGAACUCAUUUACUUCAAGGUUUAAGAUUAAUUGUUAAUUAACAUAUUGUUAAUUGGUGUCUUGAUGAUAUUAGACGAUUAAUUACAGUUAAAUCAAGGAUUGUUGAAAAUAGAAAAUCAUAAUAAGGUAAUUCAUGGGAUAUUAAUAAUACAUAAUUUAGAGAGAGGCCAGAAGGUACUAUUUUAUAAGAAGAUGAUUAUAUAAAUAAUAGAGUAUUUGAUUGGGAAAAAGAAAAAGAUAAUAUUAGUAUCACUGAAAAUUUAACUAAUAAUACAAUUUUAUAAAAUAUAAGUAUACUUUAUUAAAGAAUUGGAUAUGAAAUAGGUAAAAUUAAAAGAAUAUUAAUUGAUAAUGAUAUCAGUUGGGGAUAUUUUAGAGAUCAUAGUAAAUUUUAUUAUCAUAGUAAUGCUCACAUGGAUAAUUUUGUUAUAAUACAAAAUGGGUCUAGUGUACUUGCUCCAGUUGAUUUUGAUCUUGCUUUUUGGUAUUUAAAAUUAAUAGUUUAUUAGUAAAGAAGAAUUUAUAAAUAUAGAUAUUGAUUUUGAUGCUUAGAUAAAUAAUGAUUUUUCAGCUUAUCAAGAAAAUAAAAAGUAUGGUAAAUAUGAUAAAGAAUAAUGGUUAUUUUAUUAAGAUUAAGAAAGAAUGGGUUUAGAAUUAGCAAUUGGAGGUAUGGACAUGAUUUUAGCAAGUAAUAUGUUUUUGGAAAAAUAAAAAACAGAUGUUUAAGAAUUCUUUGAAAUAUUACUUAGAGAUUAAAUGAGAAUUGGAUAUUUAGAUGGAAUGUAAUUAAAAGAUGAUACUAGUUUAUUUUAUUAACGAAUGGAUAAAAUAUAAGAUAUAAUUAAGGAAGCCUUAAGUUUAACUUAAGAUAUAAUAUCAUGA